GCCACUUUUGCUGCUACUUCCUUCGGCACGAACAUCCAGUUUCGCAGCAAAUUUCACUUGUGCCACUUCACAGUGCGGACAUUUUUCUUUUGAGGACAAGUACCUACUUUUUGUGUGAAAAUAUCAAAUCUUUUGUGCCAGAAAGUGACUCACUGUUUGAGUUCCAAAAUUCUCUGAGAGCUCAUUAACUGGUGGUAACACUGUGCAGACUUUUCUGGAAAAUUGUGAAAAGUGUUUCAAUUCUAAUUCAUAUGGAACUCGAGGCGAAGGGUGAAAUUUAAGUGAGAAAGGACUCUUGGGUGGAAAAAAAAGUCUCUGCGACCGAAGGGAUUAUGCCGAAUCUCCUAUUCGACCCCAAUCCAGGGGUGAAGCUGACACCAUUGGAAUCAAUGGUGCCAGUCGCUGCGGGUCUCACGGCCGCCGUUGUGCUCGCCGUCAUGACGUGCUACUGUGCCCGUCGUAUCCGACAGCGAAACCGGAAGACUGCCGGUCACGAUGCAACCCUCCCCUUUCAACCACCCAGACGCCCCACGGCUGUACGCUCACCCAGUGGUGCUCCGCCACACUACCUCAAGAAAUCACCAUCACCCACGGGCAUGAAGUCACCACCUGGCGCCCUCCAGUCGCCAUCCGAGCCUCCCACCCAGGUGCGCUAUGCAGAAGAGAGUGAGACAGGUCCCCUGCCACGUAUGGUUGCCCAUGAGACGCGUGCACCUGAGCCCGAGAGCCCUGUUGGGUGUGACCAAGGGGAAUGCGGUGAAUACGGACGAUUGGGUUCCCUUGUAUUCAAGCUACGCUUUCUCAGUGACAAAGGAGCCCUUGUUGUCUCGGUGGUGCGCUGUCGAGGUCUCCCAGGCAAGGGUGGUACCGUGAGCAAUGGCGAUUUAACCGGAGCCAAGAACACCGGCAACACCGAUCCCUACGUGAAGCUCCAGCUACUCCCUGAGAAGCAGCAUAAGGUGAAAACACGCGUUGUGAGGAAUACUCGCAAUCCAGUCUACGAUGAGGAUUUCACCUUCUACGGGCUCUCACUGGCUGAAUUGGGUGCCAUGUCCCUCCACUUUGUCGUUCUCAGCUUUGAUCGGUACUCACGCGAUGAUGUCAUCGGUGAAGUAAUCUGCCCACUCUCCAGUGUGGAAUUGAAUCAAAUAGAAAAUCAGCAGGUUGCAUUCAGCAAAGAGAUCCAACCAAGGAGCCUCAAGAUUCGUGCUCAGGGACGUGGUGAGCUCCUUAUUUCACUUUGCUGGCAACCAGCAGCUGCAAGACUCACAGUUGUUCUGCUAAAGGCCCGAAAUCUACCACGAAUGGAUGUGACUGGUCUUGCUGAUCCAUACGUUAAGAUUUAUCUUCUCUACAAUGGCCAGAGAAUUGCCAAGAAGAAGACGCACGUGAAGAAGAGGACACUUAGUCCCGUAUUCAACGAGAGCUUUGCAUUUGAUAUUCCAACAACUGAAGGAGCUGGAGCUACAUUGGAUGGGGUUGCCCUCGAAUUGAUGCUCCUCGACUGGGAUCGUGUCACGAAGAAUGAGGUGAUUGGUCGAUUGGACUUGGGUGGGCCACGGUGCACGGGUACAACACUCAAUCACUGGAAUGAGGUUUGUAAUUCACCAAGGCGACAAAUUGCCGAAUGGCACAAAUUAGUAGAAUAAAUGAGAGAGAGCCAAAAAGGAAAAAUAAUAGAUUGAGCACACCACCCCCACAUUAUUAUUUUUUUUGGCUAUCGAAUGAAUAAACAAAACAAUCUCCUUCCCAUAAGUUGAAUGAAAAUUCAAAUAAGAAAAGAAAAAGAAACUAGUUCUGGAAAGAAGGAGAACUCAAAUUAAAACCAAAGAGAGAAUACUAAAAGAAAAAGAAAACUUGCAUUAUAUAAACAAACCUAUUAAUGAGAAAACCAAUAGGGUGGAUACUGAGCAAGGAAAAUAACUAAAAAUAAAUAUAAAUUAAUGGAGGAAUGAUAUAAAUUAAACUGAAGCUUCUCAAUAUAUACAGGUUUUUGUCUACAGAAUAUAUUAUCAAUAACGAAAGUAAAAGAUAUAAUACAAGAAAGAAAAAUGAAUAAUAAUCUCUUUGAAAAUGAAAUACUACAGAUAUACCAAAAAAGAUACUAAAUUAUUUUAAAAAUUUGCUUCUGUGUGUCAAAUACAUAUUUGUACAAAAGAAAAAGAAGACAUGAAAAAUUUUAUUUUAUUUUAUCACAAAAAGGCAAUGUGGUUGACAUAAAAUAGUUGGUAAGUUCAUUAAAAAAAAGAAAACUUCGAAAGUGGGUCAGUGAGAACAUAAAAAAGGGUGACGAUGUCAUAGAAAAUGGGAAUCCUUUAUGCAUUGAAGUUAUGGAUAGGACAAAAUUUAAUUCUCACAAAGCCCCAUCAUCUUACGUAGUUUCUAAGUGAGAUAACAUCCAUAUAGAGAGAGAAAUUGUAUAAUCACAAGCAAAAGAGAUUAUAAAAUCUGUAUGUGAAAGCUACUGCAAAAAUUCUAUUCAAAAAAUUUAACUCAAAAAUUUAACAAAAAAAAAAUCUAAAAAUGAAAGCACAAAGAAUUUUCCGCAGUUUUCUCACACAAAAGGGAAAUAUUUUUCUCAUUAAGUCUUUUGUUUUAUUUUUAUUGUUGCCUAUACUCUCAAUAGAAUAAAUAAGAAAUCAAUAAGGAUACACUUAAGUGUUUGCUGAUGGUAAAAAAGGAAGAAAAAAAAAAUAUCAGAAAGUAUUGAGUAAAAGGGAAGAGAUGCAUGAGCACAACAUACAAUAUUUAGAAAUGCUUUUAGUUGAAUAGUUUUUACAUAAAAUGCCAGAGCUGAAUAUAUAAAUAUUGUACAAUUCUGAUAAUAUCCGAUAUCAUGGGUUAGAGAGCAAGAUGACGAUGAAAAGAGAUGGUAUAUUUUUGUGGGAAAAAAAGAAUAAAAAACUUCCUCGAAAUUGAGCAUAGGAUAGGAAGAAAAAUUUUUCCUUAGAAAUUUCUUUUACUUUGGAAAAAGAGAUGAUUUAGAAGGAAAUUGAAUAUGAACGAGUCUUUUGGAAAGUUUCCUUAAGAAAGUAUUUAUCUUUGAAAAAUUCAACGAGCUUUCUACAAAUAUUUUUUCAAACUUCUUUUUUCUCCUCAAACUAUUUGCAGAAAACAGGUACAUUUUAUGGCACAUAAAAUUGUGAUCAAAAGACGUAGUUUUGUGGGAAUAAUAAAUAAUUUAUUUUAUGGAAUGGUUGAGCUAUGAAAGAGAAUGUCAUCUCAAUGCCAAGAUGAAGGAAAUUCAUUGAGGAAAAAUUUAAUUAAAAAUUGUGAAAGCAGAAAGAAAGCAUUCUCACCUUUCUUUUGCGUGGUCAAGCAGGAAUUAAUGUGCUAUACAUUCACCCUCCUCCUCCCCCUGCGAAGGUGAUACUUUUUGAGAAAAUAAAUUGUAAAUGGUUAGUUAUAUAACUUUGUGUUUGCACAAAAAGAAAGGAAAACACAUCCAUUUUUUCUAAAUGCAUCCUUUUUCAAUUCAUCACUUCCUACGGCACAUUCCAUAGAAUUCCUUAAUCCUCCUUGUUGUAAAUAUUUGCGUAAAAUGUUAAAUCAUUGAUUUUUUUAAAUGAAUUUAUUGAAAGGACGUUAUGCACAAUUCUAUGGGUCAAGUUCGGGAAAAAUUUCAUUAAUUGUUGGUAGCUAAUUUCCGGGAAAUUCUUAUAAAAUUUUGAUUUUACUGAUUAAAAAAGAAAUUUUCAAAGAAAUAAAACACGAAUUGUGAAAGACGUUUCGGAGAUGUAUGUCUCCUUCUUCAGGUAUGCAAAAGAAUUAUGUACAACGUUUUUGAAAUGCUUCUCAUUUUCAUUUAGAAUUGAAUUAUUUUUAAAACAAAAGCUUUCUUUUAAAUUAAAUUCUAACAACAUUAUUUUUUAUUGUACAAUUUUUCCAAAGGAGUUUAUUCAUUUUAGUACGAGAGAAACAAUGAGAAAACGAGUAUUAUUGUAAAAGGAACAAAUAACAAGAAAUUCUCAAAAAGACAUUCCAUUUUCCACAGUUAUCAGCUUGAGGAAACCGGCAAGAUUUUCCCAAAAAUGCAAACAAUGACGUCUAUAACUUUCUCCAUAAAUUGUGCAUAAAGUCCUUUUCUGUAGGUCGUUAACUGGGGUGACUUGUUGAUGUGUUGGCUGAGUAAAUGCAAUUUUUUUCAAAACUCUAAAGUCGUUACUAGAAUAUUAUGAUAUAUAUCUAUAAUAUAGAGAAAUUAAAAAAAGAAAAGUAAUAGUAUUUAGUAGAAUGUUUUACUGUUUGCUUCUCUACUGGACUAGGCUGUAAAUUGCAAAGAAAAAAAGUUAAAAAAAAACUCUUUUCAUCAAAAGUCACCCCUAUUUCCGAUAGUUUAAUAAUUUUUUGUACAUUAUUUUUUUAAUAAAUGAAAUAUUCCCCCUCUCUGUUCCAUCCAUGAUGAGGUAUUAAUUUAGAUGAAAAAAAAAGAAAGCAUUUAAAUGCAAAAUUAAAUGGAUCACAUUAAUGGAAUAAUUUGUAGAUUGAAAUUGAAGAUAUUAUUGCUAUAUACUUCAGAAAAAAAAUUAUAUUGAUCCAUAUUAUAAUGAUUAUACAGAAAUAAAGAAAAAAAAGUGAGAACUAAAA